AUGAUCCUCCCAUCACAUCUAUUUCGAGUAAUCUCACUCUCUCUUCUGCUCUAUCGGAAACUGAAUCUGUCGUCGUCGCUAAAUUGGUACGAUCUGUCUACAGUAGCGGAUACGGGAAUUGGAAGCAAUUUGGGGGAAUUCCAGGAUCUGAGGUGCCCUAGAGAGCUCAAUGGAGCGAAGAUUUGGGUUGCAGGCUUUUCUGACGAUGAGGUGUUCUGUUAUCAUAUCAAUCUUGAUGAGUAUAUAUCUAACAAAAGAAUCAAAAGACAACCUUCUCAGCCUAAGAGUGGUGCCAAUUUUAGUGGGACUGAAGUAUCUCUGAGUGUCUCUGGAAGUAUGGAUCUUCUUGUGCCCCCCAUAAUUACCUUCUUUCAAAAGGUCUGUCUUCUCUUCCGCAUCCUUAAUGUCACAAUGGAUCUGAUGGUUAAACCAGGGGCUUCUCCUGGCAUUCAAACUCAAUACGUCUUUGUAGUGAACGCUGAUGAAACUCCUUGCUUCACUGCCUCCAACCUUCAACAGUUAACGUCUGGUCUUAAAGACUAUGUUUUAAGGCAUGGGAACUGCUUGGAUAUGAUGUGUGACCAUUGCUUCUCUGAUAGAGAGCAUCUAAAAGUUGGAAGUGUAACAGCUUGCCAUGAUGAAAAUCGUAAGAGACCUGGAGGGACAAUGGAAGUGGUGAUUGUAAUAAGUGACUUAUUAGAGACAACUCGCCAAUGCAGCAGAUCACGUGACGGCAAAACAGAGGUUUUAUACUUUGACAAUUUCUCUCCUUCCCCUAUUCCACAAGUUGCCUUGAGUGCAUUGCAAAAAAUUGACUGGAAAAGUUACGGUUUGAUCCUGGCGAGUGUGAACGAACAAGAUGGACAUGUGUUUCUCGAAUGGGAAAAUUUCCCUUCAUAUGUUCAAAUACAUAUCGCUCUCCAUUGGUAUCACAAUAAGUAUCCAACAAGACAAAAGACUGAGCCUGGUAUAAAUCUUGUGAAGAAUGGAAUUAAAAGUGCAUUGGAUAAUUUAAAGGCUAAACAUGAGGGUUUUCUUCUAAGCUCCCAUGCUCGAAAGAUUUGCAGCUAUGUUCCUGACCUUGCAAGAUCAUUAGCAGGCCUCAUAUUCUCCUCUACUGACAUAGACUUCCAAGGAGAUUGCCUAUCUGUUCUUGGCUUUCAGCCUCAAGAAGUUGAACGUGAAGCUGUUGAAGACUAUAUCCAGAGAAAGAUUGUUGCGGUUAUAGGAAUGAAUGAGAGUAAAACCCAAAAAGACCAAGAAGCUGCUCCCUUUCUGUUUUUUGAAGGCGAGUCUGAGACAUCGUACUUUGAGGAUGAGGAGAUAGAAGGUGAGUAUUACCCUUCCUCCCUGGAAUGA